UCUAAUAAAGAAAAUCACACCAAGAUGAAAGUUUGUGUCAUUUUUGUUAUUGCUUUAAUCAUAACUUGUGAAGCUUUAUCAGUUUCUCGUCAACAUACCAAGAAAUAUCAAAAUCAAGUUAGAGAUGGUGGAAAUGAAACAACAAUUGAUGAAUCAACAUGUAAAUUAAUUUGUGAACAAAUUUGCCUUAAUAAGAAAUCUGACGAAAAACGUCAUAAUAGAAAACAUCGUUCUGUUCGAGAUAGUACUAGUGAUUCGAUGGAUGUAUGUGCUAUGUGCAAAUGUGGUACUCUAACUCCUGUUUUAUCAUAUCAAACCGGAGAACCCCAAAAUCAAAGUGGCAAAAAGAGGCAUAAUGUACGAGCACAUCAUGUUUCAAAGAAGACUCUCCACCAAUAA